UAAAUUCUUCGUUUAAGUUGUUUUAUAAACAUUAACUUCAUAUUUUAAAUACCCGAACGACUUAGAUGCACUGUGAAGAAGACAUUUACCUGUUGAUAAAACUUUUAAGUAGACUUAACAAUGUUUUAAUACGAUUGUGUUUGUUUGGAAAUACGAAACGGUGUGUUAUACUUGCGGAAAUUGAUGAGAGUUGAUGAGAGUUUAGCUACGCUAGAUAAAAAUUACAUGUUCGGAAACAGUAGAAGAAGAUGAAUUACCUAGAGACGGGGUUGCCUCACACGGAAUUCUACCCUCGGAAAACGCAGUUUUCCCCUCCCAGAUUUAUCCCGCUUUGCACGCUAGGCCGGAAGUACCUCGGGCUCGAGCCUAUGAGCAAACAGGAAGUGCACGAGCUCGUAAAGCGUCUUAGCGAACCGAAGAAGGCAAUUGAACUUGAAGAACCCAUUUCCGGAAAUGACGUUAGACCGUUAUCAGCGAGUUCGGUAAUUCCCGGAACCGGUCGGUUUGUUGGCCGGAAGAAGAUGAAUGGGUUUGAAAUCGAAAAAAUGGUAGAAAGACUAUACAGCAGACGGCCCACGAAAGAUUAUGCGUUUGUUGACGAAGACGCGACAGAAGAAGACAUCAUGAACAUGACUAAUAGGACGGACGAAGAUGAAAUCAGUAAUUCUGACAAUGAAAGUGGUAAGGAUUUAAAAGAGAGGGAAAAUCUCAUCAGACGGCAAAGUAGUGCAAUAAUCGGGUGUUCCAGACCAUCGAGCAGCGCAAAUGUGCUGAGCAAAAAUAAACAAAUAGUCCAUAGUGAUUUUAGACGGGACAGUUUAAUGAAACUGCAAUCAACGUCAGUGAAGGACGACGAAUCAAACAUCGAUUUAGAUGCCAAACACAGGCUGAAUUUACAUCAUAAGGCUUCGGUAACGUUCCAAAGAGAAACGCCCGUGGCUGAAUGCAGAGGGAUUUUAUUUGGAUGCCGAAACCCCAAGAACCAAUUAUGGCGAGGAGGCGAUCCAUCGAGUGAAUCAAAGCCAAAACCGAUCUUAAAACGCUCAGUUACAGUGUAUGGCAACUCCUAUAUGUCACCAUACGGUCGCAGGACGCAGAUUGCCAGUUCAGAUGACAAAUCGGGCUCCACUCGUUUUCUGCGCCCAAAAUCCGAACCGUCGCCAAUGUACGCACCGCGAAGCGAAUUCACCGAAACUACGUUCACAAGAAUAGCUCUAGCCAAAUCCGCCCCAUCUUCCCACAGGUUAUCACCAUCGGCAAGGCUAGUUUCCACUAAGGCUUUGCAUAUGGAUACGCCACGUUCUAGCGAAGGACACAGCGCCAACGUGACGCCACGUGCUACUCCUCGCCAAGUGACGUCAUCGACGGUGAUUACGAUAGAUAUUGAUGACGAGCAACUUUUGCCAAGUAUUGAAAACAAGGAACGGAAGUUGCCAAAAUAUUCCGAACCACCGCCGGACGAACACUUGAUUGACCGUGUGGCCAUUUAUAAUCGCAGUCCACGCUUACGAUGUAAAUAAAACACACAUAUACACCAUGAUACUUGACAUUUUAAAACAGUGUAAACAAAUUGUGUUUCCACUAACCAAACCAAGCAAAUGACUAUAGACAUUUUUGCCAAUUAUGUGCAUGGAAGUUUCUUGUCAUAAUUAUCUUUCUAUCACCUAAUUUACAGGUAAGAUACCGUUUAUGUGAUAUAAUUAUGCAAUUAUACGUUUUAAACAAGUCAAAAGUUCCCAAUAUAUUAGGUGAAAGGAAAGAAAAUGAACAUCAGUGGAAUUAAAGAAUGUUUUAUUUGUUUUAUCUCCCGUUCUAUAUGUACUAAUGGCAAUACACGUUUUUCUGAUUGGGUUAGAUUUGCGAUUGAUAGAUUUGGAGAUAAAAUGGGUCAGCAUUGCUUGCACCAACGAAUGAGAUAUGUGUGUUUUUUAUUCCAACAUAAAAAACAUGUCGAGAUCCGGAUUACAUUUAUUCAUAUGUAAGUACACUUCCAAAUACGUU